AAACUGGAAGAUGACAGCUCCCCUGCUUCCAGUGGCAUGCCCGACGUCAUUUUCCCAAGCGACAAUAAGAGACUUUGUCUUGAUGAUGUAACUCUGUCUAUGGGCCAAGAGACCAAUCCCAAUGUGUCAUGUCCAGAUAUGCAGAACUCUCCAUUCUCCACCAAUCACAGCACUUCUUCCAUGGGAGUAGCUGGUCAUUCAGCGCUACUUGAAAACAAUCACAUGAAUGGCAGUGGCAUUGGUUCUCCAUUUUCGGUACCACCCAACACAGAAAUAGGACAGAAAGGGACAAUAGGUGGACAGAAUAAUGUUGUUCAUUAUGACGAGAAAGGAAACAAUAUGCAGUCUGUGGACCAGGAACUGCAAGAUCUGUUAGAAGAGCUGACAAAAAUGCCUGAUCCUUCUCCUAAUGAGCUGGAUCUUGAGAAGAUCUUGGGAAGCAAGGCUGAAGAGCCGCUUGGUCUGAGCCACCCACAGUCAAGCAUAAGCACCACGCCAAAGUCCUCUCCGCAGACAUCUCAUUUGGAGAACCACAUUGCGAACAAAGAUUUUUCUCCAGGUUGCAAUCCAACAAGUGGAGGAUCACCCCAAAUGAGGCCUCCAUCUGCUGGGGCUAACUAUACGGUUCCUCCCCCAAACAAAGCUGUUGCAUCACCCAUCUCUUCGGGAGCACAGAAUAAGAAUCAGGCACAGUCUAUUCUGCCAGUACCCUUGCCUAACAUGCCUACAUCUAACUGGCAUGCACAGCAACUAAAGCAGCUGGCAGCAAGCAAACAAGUGUCUACUACUAAUAAGCAAGUACAGGCUCCCAACUGGCCAACCAUGUCCACUCCAGGUCUUUCUCCGCCUUAUAGGCCGGGAUCAUCCCCCCUCCAUCAACCUUUCAGCCCUCAAAAUGUCAUGGUGUCUGGCAUGACUUCUAAUAGUUUACCAGGAAACAAUAUUCAGAGUCCUCAAAACACUCUGCUUUCAAGCAUGGCUUCCAGUAACAACCCGUCCAGCGGGCCCUCCCCACCAUAUGGGUCAGAGAAGCUUUCCAGUCCAGCGCUUAACCAGCAGCCUUUCAGCCCCCAGAAUUCCAUGCUAUCCAAUAUGACUUCAACCAGCCUCCCAACCAAUAAUAUUAAAAGUCCACAGAACAAUUUGGUUCCCAGCAUGGCCUCCACGAAUACUGGACCGUCCCCACCUUACAGGCCAGAAAAACUGUCAAGCCCAGCUCUGCAUCAGCAGCCGUUUAGUCCUCAAAAUACAUUAAUUCCUAACAUCACUCCCACCAGCAAUCCCACCAGUAUGCAAAGCUCUCUUUUUAAAUUGAUGACUACAAACCCGUCCAAAAACAUGAACAUAAUUAUGCAACCGCCAUCUAAUGGCUUGCAGAAUGAGAAUCCUGUUACCCAAGACCAGUUUUCUUUUAAUAACACCAAACCACUGUCUCAUUUUGCAUCGGAGUCAACUACUCCAAAGAUGUCACCCAUGACUGCCAAUCCAGGGCAGCAAUCCCUCAUUCACUAUCUCCAGCAACAGCAGCAAGCUCCAGCCACACAACAGUCUCCACAGGCUAAUAAUACCCCGUUUAUCGAGCAACAUCUUCGACAACUGAUGCAACCACCUCGGAUGCAGAGACACAUGCAGCCUGCUGCUUUGCCAUCUCAACCGAGACAGGAUCAAAAUCCUGGAAUUGUUACCAGACUUCAGGAGCCAGGCACCAUCCCAAGCGGAGGCUCGGUGCCUACGCCAGCUACGGUGAACGGAUAUACGAUGAGGAACCAUUUGCUGAAGCAGCAAAUCAUGAGACGGCAGCUACUGCAGGAGAAGCAGAAACAAAACAUGCUGGGAGUAGCGUCUGAGCAGAGGAGUUCAUUUGCGCCCCAGCAGAUGAAUCAGUUUCAGGCAGUACCACAACCUAUUCCUACCGACUGCGGUCAGUCCAUGCCAGCUCCUCCACUGAAUCACCGCAUGAUGCCAUCCAACCCGGGAAUACUUCAGAACCCCUUGGGCUCCGGACUUACUCCAACCCCUGUUAACCAGAACAGUGGGACAAUGGUUAUGAUUCCGCAUAAUCCUGGCAAACAGCAAGGGAUUUUCCCACCUAAUUCCGAUUUUAACAUCCCUCUGCGACCAAACCAAACCUCUCUGGGCAUGCACUCAGGAUGCCAAACGGUUCACAGCCAUGCUACUGUCCGGCCAGGAAUGACAUUGUCUAGCUUUAACUCCAGUUCCUUAACAAAUCACUCAGCAACUCAGCAACACUUAAGACAGCCUAGUAUGCCAAGAAUUUCUACUGUCUACCCCAGCGCAUCUGCUCAGAUGUGGACACCGACUGGGGUUUCAAGAAUGCCAAAUCAAAGCCAAAUGGAUACCAGCAUGCAGCAAUUCUCCAGUAACCCUCUCGUCUCCAAACAGAAUGUGAGACCAAAUAUACCAGGUCAGCAGUUUUCCCACCAGGCUGUAGCGCCGCCUAAUCAGAUUGCGCCUGGAGUCCAGGUCAGACAGAUGCAAAAACUAAACCUGGGACAGUCCGGCCAGAGCCUGAGCACGCUGAAUAAUCAGAACUUGAGACACAAUUUAACCAGAGGACCAUUGCCAGCUAUGAAUGUUAUGAAAUCCAUGCCGCAAGGCAUGUCCAGUUUUAACCAGCUCAAUCCUGCUCAAGGACUCUGCCCGCCAAGUUAUCCCUCCGCAGGCCAGCUGUCAGGAACAUUCAACAGAAUGAGUACUGCUUCCGAGUUGCCGCAGUACGACUUUGUGCCACAACAGAGCAAUUCGAUCUUGCCUGGAAACUGCAGCGAGACUGACUUCAUUGACUCCCUUAUGAAGAACAGUAGCAACAAUGAUGAAGACUGGUUGAACAAUUUGACAAUGAUAGACGACAUUUUGGGACAGCACGCUCAAAGCUCCGGACAUGUUUAGCUCAUAGGGAAGCAGACUGACUUGUAAAUAACUUAAGUAUG